AGGCGCGGAGCCGGCAGUGGGAGGCGUGCUCCCGCUGGCCCGAGGGAAGGAGCCGUCGACGGCGCCCGGCGGAGCUGACCCGACCCCCACACCCCGGCCGCGGCAUGGAGACGCGCACCAAGCGCAGGCUGACCAACGGCGCCAUCGGGCUGCUCUUCCUCUUCAGCGGCAUCGAGUACGCUGUAAUACUUCCAACGAUCUGGGCAUAUCUUGAGACACUAAAAGCUGAGCCGUACUUUCUGGGUUUGGGACUAUCGGCCUUCAGUUUCAGUGGGCUGAUCGCUGGCCCUAUCCUUGGUCAUAUAUCAGACCGAUCAUGGAGGACAAAGCCCAUCAUCUUAUUUGCUAAUUUGUUCGAGAUUGUAGGAAAUUUUAUGUACUUCAUGGGAUAUUCAAAAUGGUUACUUCUUGGUAGUCGACUUGUCGCAGGCAUUGGGACGGGUGCUGGCGCGUGUAUUUUUGGAUAUCUUACUCGGUCUACCUCUACAGGGGAACGGGCUACAGUAUUUGCAGUCGUCAUGGCUGCGCGGCAGGCUGGCCUGUUGAUUGGACCAGGUUUUAAUUUAUUCCUGAGACUUUGCAACUUCAAUCUGGGGCCAUUUAAAGUCAAUAAAUACACAUCACCUGGGCUGUUCAUGUGUUUAAUGUGGACUAUUCUGCAAGUGAUCAUUAUCUUCAUGUACUAUGACCUUCCGUUGGUUCCCGUGGACAAUUGCAAAGUGGUUUCUGUUGAAGAAGAAGAAGAAGAGCCUCUGAUUGGCGGUGUUGGAGACAGCAGCCGGUGCAGCACUGCUAUUGAACACGACAAAUCUCACGUCCCACCAACAAGUGAAACGGUCGGCGAGAAUAGCGCAGCCGAUGAAGAUCACUACAUUCCCAAUGGCCACAUCGAAGACAGUAAAACCAAUAAUAAUCCAUUUCACAAUUUUAGCGCUGCAAAAGAAUAUCUACGCGAGGAAGUGGUUGUUGUAUUGACAGCACAAUUCAUUACUCUCUUCAAUCAGACUGCACUAGAGACAAUGGUUACCCCAAUGACCCAGAAAUAUUUCAACUUUGGAGAACUGGAGAACAGUUUGAUGUACUGUAUGUGUGGAGUGGAGGUAAUAAUUGGAUUUUUUAUUGUGAGGUGGCUAAGCACUAAAUUUGCAGAUCGAGUAAUUCUGGCACUGGGGCUUGUCAUAUGCAACAUUUCUUGUGUUUGGUGUUUAAUCUUCUUGGCAAAUCCUAAAGGAGGGUUUUCCAUUGUGCUCUGCGAGUUUGUGGUUGGUGUGUUUCUCCAGAUCCUGGGCUUGCCCUUUGUCGCCGUAUCUCAAGUAUCUUUAUUUUCAAAAGUGACAGCGGAGAAAACACAAGGAUUUAGUCAAGGACUGCGUCGAUCAAUAGGUGGAGUUGCCACAAUAAUGGGCCCAAUGUGGGCUGGGGGAUUAAUUAAUAAUCUUUAUAUCAUGUUUGGCGUCAUGAUGGGACUUCUGACACUUCUAACUAUAAUGAUGAUAUUGUCCUACAGUUAUCUGGUUGAACCUGCCCCAUCACAAAUGUCACCUGUGAACAGAAGAAACAUGGAUGAUGACUGAUUAAAAUGUCAUGAACUCGAGUAGGAGUGUACAAGAUGUCCAAUGCUGCUGCUGCGAUGCUUUUUACUACAUAAUGCUGCCACAUUGUAUGUGGACAUUCUGAUCAAGCAAACCUUUUGUACGUGGUGAUAAAUGUAAAGAACAAUAUAAUGUUAUAUAAAGUGAUCGGAGAAACUAGAAAGGCAAUAUUAAAAUGUGAACAAAAUAAUGCAGUCCUGUUCAUUUCAGGUUCUCUCAGAGUAUAUCGUUUCUAGAAUUUAUAUUUUAAAUUGCAGGACAUGAUUUUGAGAAAAUUUAUUUUUAAAUCACUGUUAAAUAGACUGCAUUUAAGAUAAAAAUCACAUUUUCUGCAUUCAAAUGUAAGUGUGCAUCAAAUGUGUUCUGAAACUGUGGAAAAUAGACAAUGUUAGAUGUGACAGUGUGUCAUAAAUGUAUUUGAUGGAGUAUGUUUUGUAUUGACGAUGAACCCGACUGUUUUAAAAAAGAACAUGUAAUAAAUAACUAAUUUAAUUCUGAUUUCAGUUAUCUUGUAGAAAACUAGCAAAUUUGUCUGCCUAAUGGCAAAUUUAAAUGUCGAGCAUCGUAAGUAUUAACUUCAAACCUCUGUGCCUCACCUGGGCUCGCACCUCCAUCUCCCCUCACCCUCCCCUUCCACCUACUUUCCUCCCUCGAGCUUCACAACUUCAACUCUUUCGCCUCCUCUUUUCAUUUCUGACUUUUGUCCAUCAUCUGCCUAUCAAAACCUCUCACCUGUAUCAACCUAUUACCUGUCCAGCUUUGUCCUGCCCCUCCCCUUUUCAAGCUUUCGUUCUCCCCCACCCUCCUGCUAAAAUCAGUCUGAAAAUGGGUCCCGACUUGAAAAGUCACCCCCCAUUCUUCUAAAUUUCAGCGAGUACAGGCCACUGCCGUCAAACGCCCAUCAUAGGUUAACCCACUCAUUUCUGGGAUCAUUCUUGUAAACCUCCUCUGGACCCUCUCCACAGCCAGCACAUCCUUCCUCAGAUAUGGAGCCCACAA